AUGAAAGAAACAACUUCAUUGAAACCGGUGACAUAGAAAAAAAAUAAAAGCAAUUUUUUAUUGGAAAUGAAUGAGAAAGAUAAAGAAAUCAAUAAUCAAAUUAUUAAGAACAUGAAUAAGAGAGUUAAUUAUCUAAAGAAUCCUCGAUUCAAAAUUAAUAAAGCACCGGUUCUAUUUUCAUAUAUCAAUACAAAGCAAGUAAGAUUAGUUUGAAUUAACUUAGGAUAUUGUUGUAGAGAAAGAUUAAAUUACAUCUUUUAGAGUUUUUCCAAAAUAAUUGAUAUUUAGAGAGUACAUGUUGAAUGGUAUGUAUGAAAUAGAUUUGUAUGUUACCAAUGCUACUGGGACUUUGUAAAGAAUCAAAGUGUUACCACCUGAAAAGUGAGUGAUUUAACAUUAUUUUAGAAAGGAGUUUCAGAUAGCAGCAAUUAAAUAUCCAACAAAAGAGGAUGGAUUUAUAGCUCCAGGGAUGAGUGCAGUAUUAAAGGUUAGAUUUAAUCCAUCUUCAUUGGCAGAGUUUGAUGAUACAAUAGCCGUAAUAACAGAAGAUCAUAUUUUAAAAGUUCCAUUAUUAGCAAGAAAGGAACCACCUUAAUUAGAUUUACCAUCAUAAUUAGAUUGUUAGAGUUGUUGGAUAGGUGAUUAAGUAGAAACAAGAUUUGUAGUUAAAAAUUCUGGAGGAGAAGCAGGUUAUCGUUUUUUUAUUAAUAAUCAAUAAGAUUAAUAAGAAGAAGAGAAUUAUAUAUAAAUUGGUAAUUUCUAUUUAUCACCUGCUGAAUUCUUCUUACAUAAAGGUGAAACUUAAAUCAUUUAAGCAAUAUUUAAACCAGAUGUUGAAGGUGAAGUUAUUGAAAACAUUAUAUUAGGAUGUGAUAAUUUAACUUAGGCUACAUUAAAAUUGAUUGGUAGAGGAAAUAUGGUAGAAUUAGGAAUAUUAGGAAUUGAUAAUAUUAAUUUAGAAAAUUAAGAACAAUUAUAAAAGAUAUUUUUUAAUGAUCCUAUUCCAAAAGUUGAAACUAGUAGACAAUUAAAAAUAAGAAAUAAAACAUCUGUUAAAGUUAAAUAUCAUUGGUAUCUAUAAAAUGAUGAUAAGGAAUUAAAAUUAGAAGAUGAAUAAAAUAAUUAUUCUAUUUAACCUUAAGAAGGAUAUUUUUAACCUAAUGAAGUUAUAGAUUUUAAGAUAUUUUUAAAGAGUGAAGAAUAUUAUCCACUAUUUUAAACAGCCUAUUUAAUUAUUGAUGAUAUUCCAUUUGAAAGUAUUAGAAAUCCACCUCCUAAUUUAAAAUAAUAAUUUGAAAAUAAUUCAUAAUCAGUUGCUAUUGGAUCUAAUAGUAUUAAACCAUCAAUAACAUACUUUGAAUUUGAAUUAAUUAGCAAGUCUGCACUUGGAGAAGUGAGUGUUACACCUCAAUUUUAUAAAUUUCCUAUUCCUAUUUGUGUGAAUACUUUGGCUUAAUAUAAAUUUAAAUUAUCAACAACAUCAAAAACUUAAAUGAAAUAUUAAAUUAAUCCACUUCAACUAGAUUAUUUCUAUAUUUAAGAUAAAUAAGGAGUUAUAAAUAAUGAAGCUGAAAUUGUCUUAGGAAUAUAAAGUUCUGAAGUUGGUCAUAAGAAAUUAGAAUAUAGAGUAGAUUUUGAUUAUGCUAAUUCUAUUCUAAUUACAGUUUUUGCUGAAAUUAUAGCUCCUAUUAUAUCAGUAAAAUAGAGUUGGUUAAAUUAUGGCUUGAUUUAAACUUAUUCAUUAGAAUCAUAAGAAUUAACUAUAAAUAAUUUAUCACCAGUUCCUGCUUUAAUUAAAGCAUAAUCUGGAUCAGAUUAAAGAUUAUUAUUUAAUAAAGAUUAAUUUGAAAUCAAACCAAAUAGUUCAAUUUCAUUUAAAGUAGAGUUUUAAUCUAGAGAGGCUGAAACCUAUAAUGAUUUCUUAUAUUUUUAGGUUGAAAAUGGAGAUUGUAUUGUUUUAGAUGUAUUUGCUGAAGUUCAAAAUCCAAGUGUCUCAUUAAAUAGAUUAUCUCUUAAUAUUGAUACACUUUAUUGUGGUAAUACAUACACAUUUGAUUAAAGAGCAUAAUAAUACAUUUAAUUAUAGAAUUUAGGUAAUAUCAGUACUCCUUUUGAAUGGGUUGUUGAUAAUGAAAAAUAAGAUAAAUAUUUGGUUUAAUUUGAACCUAAAAAAGGAGUUCUUAAACCUAAAACAAAUUAAAUUAUAAAAUUCUCUAUAAAACCUAAAGAAGGUGGGAAAUUAAAUGAACUCUUUGUUUGUGAAGUGCAAGGAUUGUAAUAUCCAUUAGGAUUUGAAAUGAAUACUAUGAUUUAUGGUUUAUCUGUAGAAUAUGAAUUAGUUGAUGAUAGUGCACAUAUAUCAUCUAAAACAUCAGUCAGUUCUAAAUCAAAAAGUCUCAAAGAUUCUAGGAAAUCACUUUUAAAAGCAGAUACUGAAAUAAAAAAUUAAUAAAUGGAUAAAUUAGAAUUUUAUAAUUGUACAAUUAAUUAACCAAAACAAGCUAAGUUUUUAAUUAAGAAUACAUCUGGUAUUCAUACAUAAUUUAAUUUGUAUAUGAGAAAAUAUUAACCACAUGCAUUAGAAGAGUAAUCAACUAUUUUUGAUGAUUUUGAUGCUAAAUCAUAAGCAGCAAGAACAAUUAAAUUUGCUGAAUCUUCUAUUUCUAAAUCUGUAUCAAAAAAAGGAAAGAUUACUUAAGGAGGUAGACCUGUAGUAUUAUUAACAAAUAAGAUUGAGAAAACACAUAAUUUUACUUCUGAAGCAGGUCUUAAAUUAAAUAAAUAAAAGAAGAUGGAACAUGAUUAAAGAGUUUAUCUAUCUAAUAAUUUGGGUAUUGCAGUUGUAUUUGAACCAUCCUCUGGUACAUUAAAUGCAUAUGGAUCUGUUGUUGUUUAAGUAACAGUAUUUAAUGAUAUUUGUGGAUUAUUUGAAGAUUUAAUGUGUUGUGAUAUUAGAGGACUUCCUACUAAAGAAUUUCCAAUUGCAAUAGAUAUUAAAGGAUCUCCUAUUGUAAUUAGUCCAAGUCAAUUAGGAUUUAAUUACAAAACAGAUUUUCCUACAUUUGAUUUAGGUACUUAUAUGAGAAACUUUGGUACAAUCAGUAGAGAUUUUAGAGUUAUGAAUACAGGUCCUUAAGAUAUUGAAUUGGAAUGGAAAAUUUAUAAUUUAGGAAAUAGUACUAUUUCUGAUUAUUUUGAAAUUAAAAUAACAGAACCAUAAUUAGGAUCAGAUUAAUUAUGUGAUGUUUAAUUUAUAGCAAAUGAACCUCCAGAAUCAAAGGAUGGUCCAUUUUAAGUAGUACCAAAUAAAGAGAGAAUUAAAUAAAGGAAAGAGAAACAUUUUACUUUACAUUUUACUACAUAAGAUACUGGAAAUUAUAGUGCAUGUUUAGUUGCAAGACCAAGACUUAUUAAUUAAGAUAAAACAAUAGGAGAAGUAGCUUUUUAUGUAAAAAGUGAAACUAUUACACCUUAUUUGACAUUUGAUAAGCUUGAAAAAUUGGAAGGAGGAUUUUAGGUUAAAUUUUAGAAAUGGUCUAGUGGUUAUAAUUAAAAAUAAGAAAAAAAAUUAAUUUUAGUUAAUAGAUAAAAAUCAAGUUUUGUAUGUACUUUUGAAAUUGAAGGACCAUUUAAAAUAAUGUAGACUUCAACCAAUUCACCUUAAAAAUAUGAACUUGGUAUGAAGACAGAAAUAGCAAAAACAUUCAAUUUAGUAACAGAUUCACAUGUAGAAUUACUAAUAAAAUUUGAAGGUUAUUAACCUAAUGAUCCAGUUAAUUGGCCUCUUACUUAUAAAGUGUAUCAUCAUGGAUCAAUUAAUAUAUUUUAUGCUAAUGGAGAUAAACAAUCAAUUGAAUUAGAAGGGAUUUUAUUGAGACCAUUUGUUCAUUUAAAUACUUCUGGGAUUGAUCAAGUAGAAGGACCUGAAGUAUUGGAUUUUGGAGAUGUAUAAGAAGAUAAAACUAUUGCUAUUUAUUUAUCAAAUUUAUCAUUAGUACCUGCUUAAUGGAAAUUAUAACAUUAAAAAAAUCCAUUAAGGAAAAAUAUAGUUGAUAGAACAAUGACUUUAGAAGACAAAGAAGAAAUGAAGAAAACUGAUGAUCCAUCUGUGUUUGAAUUUUAAAUUACAGAAGGUAAAUUAGAUGGACCAUCUACAAUGGUACACACUUUACCACAUGCUACAUGUUUACCUUAUCAAAUAACAAUUGAUGAUAUAAGAGAAUUAGGUGUAUAACCAUUUAAAAUUCUCAUUAGAUUCAAAGUAAAUAUAUUUAUUUAAUUUUCAAGCCUACUGGUGAAUUAUUAUAUAAAUCAAAAUAUAGAAUAAAAGUAUAGGAUGGCCCUAGUGUGGAUUUCAUUCUCAGAGGCACUGGCAAAGAUUUAAUCAAAAGAAAAGUAUGA